UUCCCGAACGAUGUUCGAUAUAGCAUCAAGAUGGGCUCCAGAUCGCAGCAAACAAGGUAGAAGAGGCAAGAAAUUUGUCCUUGCUCGACCAAUUCCAAAUCGAAAUGGAGCCAAGACAAAGUCAGCCAACCGACUACGGUCGUUUUGUGGUGCAUAUUCUAAAGCGUAUGACCCGCGAGUCUGGCGCUAUCGAUCAAACAAUGUUGCGUCGGGCGAUCGGACUCGCAUCGUCAUACCUCGUCACUGAUACGAGCACCAAUUCCGAGCAUGGCAUUCAGACAUGGUGUACUGGGUUCCAUCGCCUCGUCGAUAUUAUGGUGGUGCUACAUUCAAGAGGAGAGCUGGAUCUUGAGACAGUUAACGAGGCGUCGAAAGCGUGUUCGGAAUGCUGGAGUGUCGCUGGAACUUGGCGAGGAAUAGAAGACUGUCGACAGGGUGUAAAGGAGGUCGCUGCAAAGUUGAAAAAGUUACUUGAUGAGCCUCAUAGAAGGACGUACAAAGGGUCCAAGGUGUAUACCCCGAACAGUACUUAGCUGACUUGUAUGGAGAAAUAGCCCCUGUGGUAGCACAGCCUGAUGUAAUAACAAGUCAUAUAUUAACGUGA